GGCAAGGAGCCUGUAGCCCUGGUAUUUGUCUAGCUGGGAACUAGGAGGUGUUCCCAGCCUGCAGGCUCAGUGGCUCUGCUCAGACACAGCUGGAAAGAGAAGUGGCCUGGAAGGGUGGUAGGGACCGCCACACAGAAACUGGGGAGUUUGGGGCCUGUGGGGAUCUGUUCCUCCCCGCAGUUGUGCAGGGUGCAGAGCAGGAGCCCUCCCUCCUGCGCAUCGCCCUGCCAGCUGCCUCUCCUUUCAGACAAAGCCUGGUUCCCAGAGAAGCCCACCUACCUGGUAGUUAGCAGAGUCAUGUGGCCACAGCACUUAAUUAAUUAAAAGCCAAUAUAAGUUCCAGUAAGCAUGUGGGGAGGAGGAUACUGAGGCAGAAAGCAGGAGCAGCGCUCCCAGCGAGCUCGGUGGAGCAGCGAGCGGCAAGCCCCCUCUCUGCUUGGAGAGGUUGUCCCCCAGGACCAUGCUGAACGUGCUGCUGGUGUGCUGUGGGCUGCUGCAGGGGAUCCAGGCCAUCCUCACUGCCGACCUCAGCUGUGGCCACCUGCAGAAGGUGAGCUGUGGGCUGGAAGGGGCAGACAGAGCCCGGUACUCCAGCCUGCUGCGGAAAGUCAAGGAGGUGUCUGCAGAGCCGGCAGGAACUCUCCCCAGGCUGGGGUUUGAGCAGAUGGCCCUGGAGGUCCAAGAAGCCAACGGUGACCUCAUGCAGAGAGGUGGUGUGCUGGAACCGCAGGCAUCAUCCACAGAACCGCAAGCUGCAGGUCGCGAAGAGCGCUCACCUCGCCGCUGUGUCCGCCUGCUGGAGUCCUGCCUUGGGCAUCAGGUCCCCUGCUGCGACCCCUGUGCCACCUGCUACUGCCGCUUCUUCAAUGCCUUUUGCUACUGCAGGAAAAUCAGCACCAGCUUCCCCUGUGGCAAGAACUAGUGCCUGUGCCGUGGGGCUGCCUGCUCCUUGCCCACGCAUGCUGCCUCCUCCUCUGCAGCUCUAAUAAACCAGCCAUUAGCAAAAGCUGUUGUUGAGUGGGAAUGAUUCCAUGUGUCUGCUUGGGAUCUUGGGGAAGAGGGGUAGCGGCAAGGUCAGGGCUCCUGCAUCCAGGUGGGCACCAUGUCCAAACAGCCAAGGGUGACCCCCAUAUCAAACCAAAUGAGCUUUUUUCCCCCCCGAGCAGCUUCUGCAGGGCCCCUCCUGGCUAGGUGAGCGGUCUCAAGGCUGGAAGGUGCUCCAGGAUGUGACGUUUCACUUGCGCUGGAGGCUUUACUUGUGUUCUUUUGCCAGUAUCGAUCAUAGUGGCCCCAGGGUGCUUUACACCUGCAAGCCAUCAGCCCCAAGGAGUCAGUGACCAAGUACCUGCAGCGUGGAUGCAACCAGCACAGACCACCACCACCGCCUCCACCACAGCUGCACUAAGAGGAUAAAAUGUGUCCGUGGAGACUGUGAAAAGCCCUACAAACCCCACACAAAGGCUUUCAGGCGUGCUGGAGGCCAGCCUCAGGCCUGCUGCUGGGGGAAGGUGUGGUUGUGGGGAUGGA